AUGGGCGAGUCAACCCCUCAUCAUAUUCCCUGUAUGAAUGCACUGGCAGCCAAGUAUGGUUGGCCACAAGAAAACGAACGUGGCUACCGGAUUACCGAGUCUCUCGCUGGCACCAAACGCCCCAUGAGAAUUGUGCACGUAGGGUGCGGUGCAGCUGGAAUUUGUCUCGCGAAAUUCAUUCCAGAUCGUGUGGAGAAUGUCUCGUUUGUGUGCUACGACAAGAACUCAGACAUCGGAGGCACCUGGCUUGAGAACCGAUACCCUGGAUGUGCUUGCGACAUUCCAUCUCCAGACUACCAGUUCACGUGGGCGCGAAAUCCCAACUGGUCGAAUUUCUAUUCAAGUUCGCCUGAGAUUUGGAAGUACUUCAAGCAAGUAGUCGACCAGCAUAGUCUUGGCAAGUUCAUGAAGCUCAAUCACAAGGUUGAAGGAGCUUACUGGGAUAGUGAAAGAGGGAAGUGGAAGGUGCAUGUGCGGGAUCUUCUUGUCGAUAAGACGUUCAUUGACGAGUGCGAUAUCUUCAUCAAUGGAGGAGGCAUACUGAAUAACUGGAAAAUGCCUGAAAUCGACGGACUGGAAUCCUUCAAUGGUCUUCUUGUUCACACGGCUGCUUACCCAGAAGGCACUGACCUCAAUGGGAAGCGUGUUGCAGUGAUUGGAAUUGGUAGCAGUGGCGUGCAGGUUAUCGCUAAAAUCGCUUCGCAAGUUUCUAAAUUGUAUACAUGGGUCAGAUCACCGACAUGGAUCACUACAGGGUUUGCGCAGAAAUAUGCUGGUGAGGGCGGCCAGAACGUGACGUAUUCGGCAGAGCAGAAGAAGCAGUGGAGAGAAAACUACCCCGAGUAUCUCCAAUACUGCAAGGACAUCGAGACGGAGCUCAACCAGAGAUUCAAGUUUAUCCUCACUGGCUCUGAGGAUGCGCAAUCCGCCCUUCGAUUCUCUGUCGACGAGAUGAAAAGUAAGCUCGCUGGUCGGGAAGACUUAAUUGAGAGCCUCAUCCCCACUGAAUUUGGCAUUGGUUGCCGACGCCCGACACCCGGAAAUGGGUUUUUAGAAGCCCUGACACUUCCUCAUGUCCAUACCUUCACUAAGAGUGGAAUAGCUCGCAUCACGGAAAAUGGGUUUGUUACAACCAAUGGAGAGGAGCACGAAGUAGAUGUGAUAAUUUGCGCUACGGGAUUUGACACCACCUGGGUUCCUCGAUUUCCUAUCGUCCAUGACGGCCGGAAUGCCCAAGAUUUCAUGCGUGAGAGAACCUUGUCGUAUCUUGCGAUGGCGAUUCCAGAAGUUCCUAACUACUUCACGGUUGGCGGUCCCUACGGACCCGUCGGUCAUGGAAAUACACUCAUGGUCAAUGAGCGCUUGAUCAGUAACAUACUCAAGAUCGUGGAGAAAAUGCAGCUCGAAGGCAUAAAAUCGAUCCGACCAAAACUCGGAGUCUGUGAAGACUUUGAAGAACAUGCGCAACUAUUCUGCAAACGGACUGCCUGGGAUGGGAAAUGCGCCAGUUGGUUCAAACAGGGUAAGAAGGAUGGCAAAUUGACCAUUUGGCCUGGAUCACGACUGCUCUUUUUUGAAGCCAUGAAAGACCCUCGCUACGAAGAUUACGAUAUUGAAUAUCUCAGUGGUAACACCUGGGGUUGGUUAGGUUGUGGCUUCACUCUGAAGGAGUAUGAUGGAAGUGAUAUUGCCUACUACAUUGGAACUGAGGAGCAUCCUGGGGCGAUGCUUCCUGAGGAGAGUGCAAAGACCGAGUCCAGGGCCCCAUGGGGAGUACCAGGAAAUUUGUAA